AUGCUCCCAAGCCUCCUCUUCAACUUAUCCACAAUCCACGACUUCUUAACUCGAGCUUUGAGGCAAACCGGCGGAACGUUCCUUCUCAAGGGACCCAGUUUCAUCAAUGCCGACUACCUGGUCACAAGCGAUCCCACCAACAUCAACCACAUCUUCAACAAGAACGCCGCCAACUACGAGAAGGGUCCGGACUUCAAGGCCAUAAUGGAGGCUGUGGGCGACGGGAUCUUCAAUGUCGAGGGCGAAUCCUGGAAGUUACAGCGCAAGCUCCUCCGUUCCUUGCUGAACAACUCCGAGUUCGAGGCUCACUCCAUGCACAUCCUCAUACAGAAGAUGAGGAGCAACCUUAUGCCGGUCCUCGACAGAGCAGCAAGUACGAACAACAACGACGAGUUGGUGGACUUGCAGGACGUGUUCAAGAGGUUCAUGUUCGACAACAUGUGUCUGUUGGUCUUGGGAUUCGACCCUCAUUACCUCCCCGCCGUGGGGUCCGACGACGGCAAGCUCCCUGAUAGUGCAUGUGGCAAGGCAUUCGAAGUGCUGGAGGAGGUGGCGCUCUGCCGACACAUAGUUCCGAUGUGUGUAUGGAGGCUUCAACAACGACUUCAAAUUGGAAUGGAGUGGAAGUUCAGUCGAGCUUGGCGCACCCUCGAUCAGUUACUAUAUGGUAGCAUCAACAGGAGGAGGCAAGAAUUAGCGACAAUCGACAAUAAUGAUGUGAAUAAAAGAGACAAGUUGGAUUUGUUGACACAAAUCCUGGUCAUGAAAGAUGAGGGUGACGGCUGUGGUGACAAAAAUAUCAUCGAUAAAACAUCCGACAAGUUUCUGAGGGACACUACAUUUACCUUACUUAUAGCCGGGAGAGACACCAUCACUGCCGGCCUUACUUGGUUGAUAUGGUGUGUGGCAAGCCACCCUUCUGUUGAGAAAAGGAUUCAACAAGAGAUUGCACAAGUGAUGGCAGGGCGAAUGUCAAACACGAUUGAUGGAAAAGAAAGAGGAGGAUUCUUGAGAAACGACGAGUUGAACAAUGUUGUUUAUCUUCAUGCAACAGUCUGCGAGACACUGAGGUUGUACCCACCGGUUCCAUUCGAGCACAAAUGCGCUGUGGAGGCAGAUGUCCUUCCAAGCGGGCACAUAGUACGUAAAGAAGAGAGGAUAUUAUUCUCCAUAUACACCAUGGCCAGGAUGGAAGAAAUAUGGGGAGAGGACUGCAUGGAGUUCAAACCAGAGAGGUGGAUUUCUGAGAAAGGGACGAUGCUACAUGUCCCGUCGUCCAAGUUCAUGACCUUCUUGACUGGGGCAAGGACCUGUUUGGGGAAGAAUAUGUCAUUCACACAAAUCAAGUCCCUGGCUAGUGCUCUCCUUUGGAACUACAAGUUUGAACUCAUAGAUGACGGUUCCUCCGGUAGGCCGGCGGUUAGCAUGAUGUUGUUCAUGAAAGAUGGACUCAAGAUGAGAGUCUCCAAGAGAGACCAUUCAGAAUAAUGUUCAUGUUGCUUUCUUGAUGCAUG